AUGGCUGAUUUGGAAAAGACUAUGCGUGGGUUCCUUUGGUGUCAAGGUCCUAUGCAAACAGGUAAGGCUAAGGUUUCUUGGAAAGCAUUAUGUGUGCCAAAAUACGAAGGAGGAUUAGGAUUGAGGAAAGUAUCUGAAAUGAAUAAAGCUUUAAUGACCUCGCAUGCUUGGAGUAUUGUCUCUCAUAGAAAAUCACUUUGGGUUGAUUGGAUUUAUGAUCACAAGCUAAGAGGAAGAAGUUUUUGGGAUAUACCUAGUCGAUCAACAGACAGUUGGAGCUGGAGAAAAAUUCUAUCCUUAAGACCCAUUAUCCGUAAUUUUAUAUGGACAAAUCUAGGGAAUGGACAAGAUACAUCAGCUUGGUAUGAUACUUGGAGUAAUAUUGGACCCUUAUCAAAUGUUUUUCGGCCGCAUGAUAUACGAAGGGCAGGAUUUUCACUUCAAGCAAAAGUAGCCGAUAUUAAUAGGAAUGGGGAAUGGAUUUGGCCAGUUGAUUGGCUAGAUUCUUUUCCCAUUCUAUCUAACAUUCCGACUUUAGUUUUGCAGGUUUGGGAUGCGGUUAAAAGUGAUGCAAACAUGCCAUCUACCUCAGGUUCUUGGAAUAAUAUCACAGCUUGGUUGAUUGCACUAGCUAAAUCACGCUCUAUAAUUCAUGUUAUUAGUAGGCUAGUUGUUGCAGCCACUGCUUACUUUAUUUGGCAGGAGAGAAACAAUAGGAUGUUUGCUAAUCAUGCUCGGCCACCCGAUAUAUUAGACAAUCUUAUCAAAGAUACCGUCCGUUCAAGAUUAUGGAGAUUGAAGUUUAAAAAGACAGCUCGAGUAGUUUCCAUACUUGAUUCUUAG